AUUGAAAUAUUUGACAAUAUUAUUCGGCUGUUCUAAUUCACCACUUCCGACUGUCCGCCUCAUAAAAUUUUUGUUGUUAUUGUUGUAAACAAGUACACCACCUUCCUUAUUAUUUUUUACUUCAAGCCGAAAUAUCGACACGGCUGCUACAAAGUAAACUAACAGAAAAAGUAUAUAUAAACCGCAUCGCGCACUUUUACUCAAAUUCUUUUUUUUUUUGAGAAUGACAACAAAUACUUCAAACUCGCCCUAUUCCACACCUAUUCCAUCCGCCACUUGUACAACACCAACACCAAUCUCAACCACAGCACCAGCAUCAUCAUUGACCGGCAUAACACCACCACCGCAUAUCACCAUCGAAACACUUGAACACACAUCAGCCUUAUCUGGUAGAAAAGACGAAAGCAUGAACUCCACACUCACCACAUACUCAGCCACGCACGCGCCAAACAGCAGCUUCAUGACAAUGGGAGUCGAAUCAAUGCACGUGGCCAACUCAACAAUGCUAGAAGCCGAGGCUUCUCACGACACCCAGCAGCUGCUCUUCCCCAAGAGCCCCAGCAGCAGCGACGACAUCGAAAUGACCAGCACUCUUGUGCCAGUGGCCAACGGGCGCAAGCGCGAUUUCUCCGAGCACGUCAGCGGUUACACAGCCGAGGAGCUGGACAUUCUGUCGCGACGCAAGUACCCGGCGUUCGGCGGCAAAUGCUACCGGCACUCAACGCACGUAUACCUGGCCGAAUGCGACAACACCCAGCGGCAGCUGCAGGAGUCUCUACGGUCGUUGCCGACCACCGAGCAGCAGAAGAUCAGCGGCAUCUGGAAGGACUUUGCCUCAGAACCGACCGAGCGGCGGUUGCUCAUCCUACAGGGCAUCGUCAACCUAUGCUGCAUCCCGCAGCUAUCGUACCUGAACCGCGUUGUGCCGCAGCAGCUGCGCGUCGACUUUAUGGCUGCGGCGCCAUCCGAUAUUUCGCUCAAGAUCCUCUCAUAUCUCGACGCAAAGUCCCUGUGUCAGGCCGCCCAGGUGUCGCGCGCGUGGGCGGCGCUGGCCAACGAGGAUAUCCUGUGGCACCGCAUGUGUGCGCAGCACAUUGAUAAGGUGUGCAAGAAGUGCGGCUGGGGGCUUCCAUUGUUGGAUAAGACUAGCCGCCGCGUCUACGAGGCUACUACGCGUCGUGCGCUGCGCAUGGCGUCGACGGCGGGCGGUGCCCCGGACCUGCAUUCCCGCAACAGACCCUUCCGCAGUGGCAACGCCGCCGCUGGUCAGACGGGAGGCACGUACACAUUUAUGCUGCCGACAUCGAGCGUCACCAUCGACCCAACCACUUCCCAGAUACAAGCACCCCAGCACCAGGAGCAGGAGCAGCAACAGCCGGUCUCGCAGCAGAUGAUCCCAGUGUCGUCGCUGAUCAACCCCACGGACCUCGACGUGUCACUGAUCAGCAGCGUGUGCGCCCCGCACGAGACUGUCCAGUUCAUCCGGGGCUCGCUGGCACCCGCAGGCGGCACUGACACGCCGCAAGCCGACCAGGCUCCGCGCACAAACUUUAUCCCCAACCGGGACACUGAGAGUGGCAACAUGAGUGACAGCAGCUGCAGCAACGAGCAGCGGCAAGGCGGAAGCCACUCGAACCGGCGGCCAUGGAAGGAGAUAUUUGCCGAGCGGCAGAUCAUUGCAAACAACUGGCGCAAGUUCCGCUAUCACGAGUCACAGAUCCAGGCGCACACCGACGGCAUCCUCUGCGCGCAGUUCAACGGUGGCUACAUGAUCACCGGCUCGUACGACAGCAAAGUGCAUGUGUGGGACGCUGAGACAUUUGAGCUGGUCUCGGAACUUUCCGGCCACACUAUGCCUGUGCGCGCACUGGAGUUCGACGACUGCAAGUUGUUCACUGGGUCGCUCGACGGGACCGUUAAGAUCUGGAACUACCGCGAUGGCACCUGUAUCCGUACCCUGAAUGCCUUUGAUAACGGCGGCGUUAUCUCGCUGCAUUACCAGCGCGGCACCCUGGUGGUUGGCGGCCAGAACGGCACGAUUCGCGUGUAUAAUAUUGCCAAGAUGACCAGCUUUACGCUCACCGGCCACACUGACUGGGUCAAUGCCGUGCGGCUGUACGGCGAGAACACUCUGUUCUCGUGCUCCGAUGAUAUGCUCGUUAAGCGCUGGGACUUGGAACAGCGCCGGUGCGUGCGCACGUACAGCGGGCACUCGCACCACGUGCAGUCCCUGCACCUGUCCAACCGCGCUCCACCGACCUCCACGCUGCAGAGCAAGCAGCAGGAGCAGCAGCGGGUCGGCGGUAGCCGGGCGUUGAGCCGCAGGGGCGAUGAUGAUGAGCGCCCGUUUAUGAUCACUGGCUCGCUUGACGGCACCAUGCGCGUGUGGGAUAUUGAGACCGGCGAAUGCCUUGAUACUAUUUUCGGACAUAUCGAGGGCAUCUGGUCGAUGACCUUCGACUCACUGCGGAUUGUCUCGGGGUCUAACGACGGCUCAGUGAAGAUCUGGGACACGUCGUCACGUACUUGUCUGUUCACGCUGCAUACGUCUUCAGUGGCUGUCAAUUGUGUGGCACUCAGUGAUACGCGCGUUGUCGUUGGCGAUAAUGACGGUAAUCUGCGUGUUUACGACUUUAGAGACGUGCGCCAGCUUGAAACAAGCUCGUAAAUGUUUUGGUUUUGGUUUUUUUUGUUUGACGGCAUAUCAUUAUUUUUUCACAAUUUCUUUUUUAAUUGCAUAUAUUUUAACUGAUAACAUGUAAUUUUUUCAACACGGUA